AUGGCGUUUAAUGACAUGGAACGCAAUUCGAAAGAGGAGGUCGAAGUAAACAAAAUAAUGGAGAAGUUCGGCAAAUAUCAAAAGCUUCAGUAUCUUUAUUCGUGUUUGCCAGCGGUCUUCAUCACGAUGAACUUCAUUAACUACGUCUUCGUUGCCGGCGAUUUGAACUAUCGCUGCCGUAUCCCGGAGUGCGACGAGCAAGUCGCGGUCUACAAACCAACAUGGUGGCCCAAUGUCACGAUAGACCGAUGCCAGAAGCCCGCACUAAAAGAGCAGACCAGCCAGCAAUGCACCAACGGGAGUUUCAGCGGCACCUUCGAAGAAUGCACCCAAUGGGUGUACGAAACAAACGACACGGUCAUAGCUGCGCUCAAUCUAGCAUGUCAGCCGUGGAAAUCCAACUUAAUAGGUACUAUCCACAACAUCGGCAUGCUGUUCUCGAUGGUUCUCUCCGGAUGGCUGUCUGAUCGAUUCGGCCGGAAGCCAACGUUAAUAUUCUGCUCCGUCGGAAGCUGUAUCGGUCAUCUGAAGGCUUUCACCACCUCGUACUACAUCUACGUAGCGAUCGAAAUGGUCGAGGCGUUGGUAGGCGGUGGUUCCUACAGCGCUGCUAUGAUACUAAUGCUUGAAAUAGGGGGCAAGAAGAGCAGGAUACUUUCCGGUGUGCUUUUCGCUUAUGCUAUAUACCUGGGUGAGACGCUAUUCGCUCUCAUAGCGAUGUACGUGCCAUACUGGAAAAGCUUGAUCAGGAUCAUAUACACACCGCCAAUUUUCGUCUUCGUCUUACUAUUCUUCAUUGAAGAGAGCCCUAGAUGGCAGAUUUUGAAUGGGCAGGCGGACAAGGCAAAACGCACCCUUGUACACAUAUCGGAUUUUAAUGGCGUCAACAUAAACAGACAAAAGCUGGUUGAUAUGGACGAGGAGGGUCUGAGAAAAGAGUUCAAAAUGGAGAAUUACGAGCACAAGGAGAGCUACAGCGACGUCUUCAAGUCGAGGGAGAUCAUGAAGAGAGUGGUGAUCAGCGCUUUCUGUAAAUUUACGGUCGGCUUCGUUUAUUACGGCCUCAUGGUGAACUCUGUGUACCUGCCGGGAAAUAAGUAUACCAACUUCAUGCUAGCGUCAGUGAUGUCGUAUCCGGGCGAGCUGGUGGCGAUGUAUUCGAUGAACAAAGUGGGCAGAAAGCUUCCGUUGAUCUGUGGUUAUAUCACAUGCGGCCUGCUCUGCGCGGGAUCAGCUUGGGUACCUGAAGAUUAUACUUGGCUGAAGAUAGUGCUGUUUCUAUUCGGAAAGCUGGUAAUUUCCGUGUGCUACACCGGCGUGGUCACUUACACCAUGGAGCUAUUCCCAACCAGUGUCAGAGGCAGCCUCCUGGGCAUAUGCUCGCUGGCGUCCAGCAUUGGUAGCAUGUUGGCCCCCUUGACACCGAUCUUGAACACGAUCUCCGUCGUUCUACCGUCCAUGUUCUUCUGCGGUGCCGCCAUCCUCUCCGGAGCUCUUCUCACUCUAACACCAGAGACAAAAGAUUUGCCUCUGAUGGACACAAUUGAACAGGUCAACAUUAUUACCCAACAAGAUAAAAAGAGAAGGAAAGGGAAUAAUCUCAAAGGAGAAAACAAUUACGGUUUCGAUAAAAGUGUUAUGACU